GCAACACUCAAUUUAUGAUGAGGCUGUGAUGCACACGAGUGACGCCGAGCUCUUGUAGUCGCAUAACCACAGACUGGCGUGGGAUCGGUCCCUGCUGCGCCUCAUCUGGAAUAACGUCGGGAAAAUCCAGAAUUUUCAUUAGCGGGUGUUUUUUUUUUAAAGGAAGCGAGCAGUGUUGAAAAUAAUCCCAUUUGGGCAAACGUUUGCAUCGGAAGGGGGGUUUUCUGUACUUUGCAGAAGCCAGAGCAGAUUUAUUCCGAUAGAGAAUCACCAAAUAUAGGCUGUAAUAAGGAACCAUGGGAAAGCAGAACAGCAAGCUGACUCCCGAGGUGAUGGAGGAUCUGGUGAAGAACACAGAGUUUAAUGAACACGAGCUGAAGCAGUGGUACAAAGGCUUUCUGAAAGACUGCCCCACUGGCAGGCUGAAUCUGGAUGAGUUCCAGCAGCUUUACGUCAAGUUCUUCCCUUAUGGUGACGCAUCCAAAUUUGCACAACACGCCUUCAGAACCUUUGAUAAAAAUGGAGACGGGACCAUUGAUUUCCGAGAGUUUAUCUGCGCUCUGUCCAUCACAUCCCGUGGCAGCUUUGAGCAGAAACUCAACUGGGCCUUCAACAUGUAUGACCUGGAUGGUGACGGAAAAAUCACCAGAGUGGAGAUGCUGGAGAUAAUCGAGGCUAUCUACAAAAUGGUGGGCACUGUGAUCAUGAUGAAGAUGAACGAGGACGGUUUGACACCACAGCAGAGGGUGGACAAGAUCUUCGGCAAAAUGGAUAAGAACAACGACGACCAGAUCUCGUUGGACGAGUUCAAAGAGGCGGCGAAGAGCGACCCGUCCAUCGUGCUCCUGCUGCAGUGUGACAUGCAGAAGUGAGCCCCCACCCCCACCCCCACCAGCACCACCACCACCACCACCAACCCCCCACCCUGCUCGCUCCUCUCCCCCCUGUAAUUCACACACUCUGGACAGCAGCACAUGUUUUAAUGUCUCAUUAGAUUCUCUGCCAUUUCCACAGGGGAAAAAACAAAACAAUGCUUGGACAAUUUUUCAAUGGACUCGCUUCUUGUGGUUGUAUGCAUGAGAAUGUAAAAUGCUGAAUAAUUUUGAACAUAGCUAUAAGAUAGUCUAUAAGAUAUCAUACAUUUCUAUUUAAAAACAUGCCAAUGUGAUUUGUGCACGGUAACCCUAUACAUUCUCAUUCAACCUUAGCUUGUACAUCAGUGGAGCACUGCAUUCAAUUAUGUUCCCGCAGUAUUUAAGAUCCCCAGUGUUCACUGCUGCUACUACUGUACGCUUUACAUAAUAGUAACAAAACAAUAAUUCCUAUGAUAAUUGUAACUGUCUCUACUAUCCAGACUUGUUGAGCUCUUGGAGAAUAGAGAGGCUCCUGUCUGUUCCAGAUGGUUUCACACAAUGGAACCAAGAAGAGUAGGUUCUUUGCAUGCAUAUAUUAAAUGUCAAAAAAAUAUAUAAUCUCUUACCUUUUGCAUCUUCAGGUGGUUAUAAAAGAGAAACCCUAUUGAAUUCAUUUUGUAUUGUUGCAUGGGAUGUACAGUAUGUGACUCAUUUGACCAUAAUUUCACCUCCAGUAAUGUGGGAGCAUGCUUCCCUCCAUUGUAUACACAUGUAUGUGUGACACUUGAGAUUUUGAAGGAGAUUUGGAUUGCAGUUGUGGGCUCAUCUCAGAGGAAGAGCUUUCACAUAAAUGUUGUGUAAUGUUUUGCUUAGGUAACUUCUGGGAUGAGCAGAACUAUAUUGAUGGAGCAGCUUUCCUUAAUGAUUUUAAUGUACUGGUGCCACUUAAAGGAAAGACCAAAAUUACAGCUGUCAGUAAGCACAGUGCUCUUGCAUUAUUCCCCCACAAUGAUCCAAAAUUGGCUUGCUUUCUUUAAGCUGCUUAUUUGACUUAGACUUAAAUAACUUAACUCAGUACAUAUCAGAAUGUUUACAGAAAAGAACACUGCAAAAAUGAGUGCAGUUUUGGCUUUUGACCUUAUUGCUGGGAGCUCACUCUCCGGGCCAGGGACCUUGUGAGGAAAGAGGAGCUCAAAUUCCAAUGGAAAAAAAUAAUAAGAAGAAAAUAGCCACUUCUAUGUUUACUGGACACACUGCAUUCCUACUUAUAAAACUUUUUUGUAAGGAGAAACUUUUUAUUGAAAGGUCUCAUCUACUAGUCAAUUCCGUUUGCAACAAUCAUUAAAAGGUGCAGGAUUUUCAAGCAAGGCGCUUGGUAAAGCUUUUGAAAGAGCGUUUCAGUGUGAGACGGCAACUGGAUGACGAUUUAGGUUAAAGUUAUUGCGGAAAUUCUCUUUCAACAGUUUUGCUUCCCCAUUCCUAGGCUAUGCAAGCAUGGACUGAGUGUCUGCUUGUUAUCCACUUAAGUAGUGGAGGUUGCAAAAGCUUUUCACUGUCCAGUCUAUAACAUAACUGAAAAACCAACCCUCACAUUUUUAAAGUCUAUAUUAUUUAUACAUUUCAGUCCAGUCACUGUCUUUGUCUUGUAAAUGUUUAUAUCAAAUAUGGAAAAAUCAUAAUACAAGUGACUGUAUUAUUUUAUACAUGUGGCAUGUGUUGCACCCAAAAUUUAUUCUGUAGUGAUUAAAAUGAAUAAACCAUCACCAGGCUUUUUCAAAAGA